AUGGAACGACGGGAUACGAAUUUGAAUCUACUGUCAACAGACAGUGCCAAUGUGGCUACCAAUUACAGCGACUUCGUGUUACAAUGUUUUGUCCAGCUGAGAGGUCGAGAACAAGGUUUGUUUUGUCCAGAUUUUGACUUUAGAUAACAAAUACGAAUUAAACCGUCUUGGCAGGUUGUUUUUUGUUUUAUUUCUUAAUUUGUUUUAAUGAUUUUAAUUUUAUAGGUUUUUCUAGUUUAUAUUGCAGUUCAUAACUUUGUUUUAGAAUGCCUUGAACUUGUUGAAUUGUGUGAUCAGUUGAAGAGAAAAUGGAAAGAAUCUUCAGAGCAUUGUAUUUUGGCAGAGGAGAAGGCGCAAAGAUUGGAGAGGGAGAAGGAGUAAGUUGAAUAUUAUUAGAUUUUAUUGUUUUAGGGAUCUGAGUGCUGCGUAUGAUCUUCUUAACGAAAGAUUUCAUGAUUCGGCAGCCAAAGUAGCUACAUUAUUGAGCCAGAAAGAUGAUUUGAAGAAACAGCUGGGCGAAUAUCAAAAACGAAUUCAAAGCAUCAGGAGUUUGAUGGAGGUAUGGUUUUUGAUAUUUUUAGGUAACAUAUUUGUCUUUGUUAUUUUUUAUGUUAAUGUAAACAUGUUUUUUGGCUUUUUGAAAUGAAUAUUAAUGGUGAAUAUUAUUUGUUUUAGUGUAGGUUUUAAAGUUUAAUAUUUAUCGUGUUGUUUGUUUCAGAAUGAGCUCAAAGGUUCAGCAGCUUUUGGCAAGUUGAUGAAUUUGAGCAAAUUGGAUGAAAAGAAAGUAACUCGGGACUCUAGAGCUACCAGGUCAAAUGAUUUUGGCUUGGACUUUGACAAAUCAGCUAACGAUGAAGAGGAAAUUGAUAUUGUUCAUCUUCGAGAAGGCAGAAUGUACGAAAGACGGUCUAGAAGUGUGAGUGUUGAUCCAGAGCACAACAAAACUAAAGGACAUGUUGUAAAAAGAAGCAGAAAGCUGCCUGACAACAUUCAAGAGGUAGAAGAAGAGGAAUAUCAACAUACUUCAACACCACCAAAGAGGUCAAGAGAUGCUGAGGAGUCGAUUACUACGGUAACAACAAUUACGAUGGAUGCUAGAGGAAGAUCGGCUACUAAGGCUUCUGUAGAAGUUCAUCGAGGAAAGAGGUCUAUGUCAGAAAGUAAGAUAAUGGAGAGUAUGAAUACCCCAUUGAGUCACAAGAGCUACAAAAUGGGUGGGAGCAGCUCGGAUCUGUAAGUAUUUUACUUACUUGUUAAUGUAGACACUGUUUUGAUAGUUUUUAUAUUAAUUUAGAUACUAUUUUCAACAGUUAUUUUUAUGUUUAGGCGAACUCCGCUGACUGGAAUGGGAUCGUCGUGGACAAAAGGCCGAGCCAUCUUUGAUUGUGAUCAUUCUUUGGAAGCUGUUAAGGGAUCUUUGAUGAAGAGUUGUGUUGUUUGUAACCGGUCUGUAGCUAUGCAACCUGUUUAUAAAUGUAAAGGUAGGAUUUAGUUUUGUCUAUGGUAUUUAUAUGUUACUUCAAGUUUAUUUGCAAAGGGCAAGAUUUGUAAUAAUGUUCAAAAUUUUAUUUUUCAGAUUGUUCAUUAUACCUCCACAACAAUUGCCGAGCCAGAGCUCCUCUGCCAUGUCUUCCUUUUGCCUCAAGCAAGAAUCUGACGCCCCAGAAGAAGAAUAAGUUUCCUCGAUUGGCUGAUCUUUGCCCAGUUACUCCUCCUUUGGUGCCAGCUACUUUGAUUAGACUGAUAUACGAGAUUGAAACAAGCCGACUUGAGACUGAAGGUUUAUAUAGAGUACCUGGAAAUGGAGCGUUGGUUGAGAAGUUGUUGUCUAACAUGAGUGGAAGCAUCAUUCCUCAAUUAACACAUGAAUAUACUGAAGUGUUGACGGCUGCCGUUAAGAAGUUCUUGGUCAAUUUGAAGGUGAGUUAUAUGAGAUGAGAUAUAGGUUUUAAUAAAGACUAUAAACUGCAUUUUAAGAACACUUGAUUUACAAAAGUUUUGAAAAAUGGCAUAUUAAUUCUUUUUGAAUCUUUACCUUAUACUAUUCAGGAGCCUUUGAUUCCCAACUCAUCGUACAGCGAAUUCAUUCAAGCAUCUCGAGAUCAAAGCAAUGGCAGUCUGAUGAAAGCUAUCGCUGAACUCCCAGAGCCUAACAAGGACACCCUCGCCUUCAUUUGUCUUCACCUUCAAAAGGUGGCCAAAUGUAGCCAGAUCAACAAGAUGACUAUUCCUGGACUAGCCAUUUGUAUGGGGGUUAUUAUUGUUAGAGGAGGCAGAAAGGACGAGUUAAAUACGUUGGAGCGAAACGGAAUGAAUCCAGAAUCAGAAAAACAGCGUUACGUCAUGCAAAGACUUCUUGAGUUCCCGGAGGUACGUUUGUUACCUAAACUUAAUAAAAUAGAGAUGUUUUUGUGGUAAAAUACAGAAUAUUUGGGGUUUUGUCUUUCAAAAUAGGCAUAGAUAUUCUAUGUUGAGCUGAAGAUAAGUAUAUAUAACCUAUAGCUGCAGUAAUACACUAUUAUUUUUUUUGAUUUAUGAUUAAUAUUUGUGGCUACAAUAAUAUAAUUUUUUUAGGAUUACUGGGAACGAUAUCUGAAUGCCAGGAUGUUCAUCAUCGAAAACAAGACCCCUCGUCACUUUACAACACCUCGAAAUGCAGAUCAAUCUCUUCUUGGCCCAGUAUCUGAAACCCCUCCACUCAACUUUACUCCUACUGUAAGAUCGGCCAAACGAAGGAAUUUGAAUGUCAAGUUGUACUAA